UCCUCCCCUUCGUCUCCACUCCUGUCUCUAACCCUAUUAAUACGCCGAGAACGAAGCGGAGCGGAAAUGGAGGAUCUCCUCGUGUUCUCCCAAAUAUAGGAGGGGGUUUUCUUUUUUUCGCGAAAAUGGGCUAUUUUCCCUCGCUCGGGAGCAAAGCGGCGCACUUCGUCUCCGAUAUCACCACCGUUAUCCUCAACCCCAUCUCCGACGAUGAGCCCUCCAAUUUCCCCGAUGAGGAAGAAGUAACAAGUGCAGAAAACGAAGUUCCAGAAGAACAUACUGAUGGCCCUGAUACAUCUUCCUUCACUGCAUUUCUCAUUUCAUUGUUGUCAUCCUCAGACACCAAAAGUCAUCCAAUGGAAAACUCAAGUGAUCAGCAUCAUAUGGAAAAGGGAUAUUCGGCUUCAACAUCAGCCGUAAAGGAUAAUAGUGGGAGGAAGAGUCUGCUUGCUAGAGGCAAGCAAUCAGUUGGAAGAUUAUUUCAUAAAGCAGCCAAAAUAGGUGGUUUGCGGCAAAACCAAGAAUCUAAAGUUGAUAAUAAUAACAUCGUAAACCACUCUGAGCAAGUUGGAAAUGUACUGGGACCUGAGGCUUUGAAGGAACCAGAGUUGGAGUUUAAUUUGCCAGUAAUGUCUGAACCAUCAAUGCUUUUAUCAGACAAUUUGCGAGCUGCUCUUUAUGCUUCUCUUCCAGUAUUGGUUCAAGGAAGGAAUUGGGUGUUGCUUUAUAGUACUUGGAGACACGGGAUAUCUCUAUCUACUCUGUAUAGGAGGAGCAUGCUUUGCCCUGGUUACUCGCUAUUAAUUGUUGGUGAUCGAAAAGGUGCAGUUUUUGGCGGUUUAGUUGAGGUCCCACUGCAACCUACCAAUAAGAAAAAGUACCAGGGAACAAACAACUGCUUUGUUUUCACCGAUCGACCUAGUUUUCCUGUCAUAUAUCGACCAACAGGUAGCAAUCACUAUUUCACUUUGUGCUCCACUGACUUCCUGGCAUUUGGUGGUGGUGGACACUUUGCUCUUUAUCUCGAUGGAGACCUAAUAAAUGGCUCGAGUUCUACUUCAGACACGUUUGACAACCCGUGUCUUGCUCAUUCCCAAGAGUUUGAAGUAAAGGAGGUCGAGUUAUGGGGCUUUGUCUAUGCAUCAAAGUAUGAUGAGAUGGUCACAAUGUGCCGUACAGAGAAGCCGGGAAUUUGGAGAUGGUAAAAAUGCUUCUUGUGCGAAUCUGAGCUCCGUAAGAACUACACUGCAUAAGAUUGAGUGCUUCCUUCUGUGUUUUUUUUGUUCUGCAUCACAUGACUAUGGAGUUUCUGAUCAGGACAACCUGUAUAUAAUAUGUUAGUGUGGGUUUUAUUGCUGUAAAACCAGAAAGAUUAUUAGAACGGAUGUACUCCAAGCCUGAGCGCUACCAUAACGCUCUCUGUACAUGUAUUUUAUCAGCCAAUGACCACGGCUGUAAAUACUAUUUCUGUCCUCUCUCUUUUUUUUUUGACAUUUAUCUGCUACCUUGUUUCUAUUGAGAGGAAGUUAAUUUCAACU